AUGAGCAAGCCAUCAGGACCUCUCAGCCGCGACGGCUGGCAGUGGACUCCCCAAACUGGCCUCAAGGCCGGUGUUCCAACCGUUGGUGUCAUUCAACCCCCUUCAACGGCCGUCAAUGGAACCGUCUACGAUGUGGCCAUUAUUGGCGCGGGAUACACUGGCAUCACAGCCGCCCGCGAUCUCACCACGACGGGCCACAAGACCCUGCUCAUUGAGGCCCGUGACAGAAUCGGCGGGCGCUCCUGGUCAUCCAACAUCGAAGGCUACCCUUAUGAGAUGGGCGGCACUUGGGUGCAUUGGGCACAGCCAUUCAUCUGGCGAGAACUCUUCCGCUACAACCUCCUAGGCACCAACCUGGAGGUUUCGCCAACCGAGCAGGGAACCUGCGCCAUCCUGAACAAGGAUAAGCCCACUGUCACCAUGUCCCGCCAGCAAGAAGACGAAGUGGUCGAAUCGGCAAUGAAGAAGAUGGUCAAUGUCGACGGCAAAUACGGCCGCGAGGUCAUUCCCUACCCCCACGACGCCCUCCGCAACCGCGCCGCCGUCGCCAUCUACGACAAGAUGUCCAUGGCCGACCGGUUCAAGCAGAUCGAGCACGACCUGACGCCAACCGAGAAGCUCAUGCUCGAGGCCUUCAUGUCCAUCACCUGCGGCGCCAAGUGGGAAGAAGCCUCCUUCUUCGAGAUCCUCCGCUGGUGGGCUCUCGCCAACUACACCUACACCGACUUCAUGGAGCGCGGUCUCCGCUUCAAGCUCGCAUGUGGCCAGAGCGGCCUGCAGCGCUGCAUCUUCGACGAGGCCAACGCCACCGGCAACCUGUCCUACUCCUUCUCCACCCCCGUGGCCUCCGUCAACGACAAGGGGAGCGUCGUUGAGGUCACCGGCCGCGACGGCCACGUCUUUCGCGCCAAACGCCUCAUCUGCACCAUCCCCCUCAACGUCCUGCACACCGUCCAGUUCGCCCCGCCGCUGCUCCCCCUUAAGAAGCAGGCCAGCCUCGAGGGCCACUGCAAUCAGGUCGUCAAGGUCCACAUCGAGGUCGACCGCCCCGAGCACCGCGAGCUGGGCUCGUACAAUUAUCCCCAUGGCAAGUUGACCUACGCCUUUGGCGAUGGCACCACCCCGGCCGGCAACACGCACCAGGUCGCCUUCGGCAGCUCCCUGCCAGGCGUGCACCUCCAGCCAGAGGAGAACAUCAACGAGACCAUCGAGGCGUGGAAGGGGCUUCUUCCCAACACGGACACCAAGGAUUUCAAGCGCAUCGUCUUCCACAACUGGCACAAGGACGAGUUCGCAAAGGGUGCUUGGGAGUGGCUCAAGCCCAACCAGGUCAGCAAGUACCUGGAUGCGCUGCGCGAGAAGCAGGGCAACGUCUGGUUUGGUAGCGCGGAUUGGGCCAUGGGGUGGAGAGGCUUCCUGGACGGAGGCAUCGAAGACGGACAGCGGGUUGCCAAGGAGGUGGCUGAUGAUCUGAGUGGCAAGCCCCCCAGGCCCGCGUUUUUGUCGAAGUUGUAG